UCAAGUUUAACAAUUCUCUACGAAUUUUAUUUCUGGUAUUAGCCCCAAUUCUUCAUAUUCAUGCUAUGAUAUAUUUAAUCACACUUUUCAUUGGAUAAACCUGUUGUUACAGUAUAAAAGAAUAUAUUUUUGUUUUAAUUUCCCUCUCCAAAAAUAUAUUAUUCUGCUAAAAGUACAGUUGACACUGUCGAUCAAUUGCUUUUGAUAGUUAACUGUACCACAAUAUUUAUACCCAUACAAACGAACAUGCUACAAACACAUUUUUUACCUUCGACUCAAUGACACAGUUUUGUGUUGAAUGCGGGGAAAUCCCAAUUACUGCCGUUUAGUCUAAGACCAUUCUUGUGCGAGCAAAUAUUUUACAGGAUUUUAAAUGUCAUUGCAUUGUUUGGACAUUUAAAAUGUUCUGUAAAUGUUUCGAGACGUUUGCAUUGUUGCCGACAGGUCUAAGCAAAACAUUCGUAAUUGUAAGUGGCAUACAGCGGAUAUAGAUGCUAGGCCCCUAGACACAUACAAUUGUUGUUUGUUUAGCGGAUUACGAAUAUGCGGAAUCCUGGUGAAUGGCAGUGGCCACAAACUAAAACAAUGCGAAAAUAUUGACAUCAAUUCCGCUCACCUUUGAAUCCGCCUAAAUUCGUGUCUAGACGCGACCGCCAGAAGCCCAUUGUUCGGAUGGCGACACGGCGCUGCUCGUAAUUGCCAUUUUCACGGAAACGCGAGAUGAUCAGGCGCACAAUGCGUGCGUCAAUUUUUACUACACCUUUCCAUAAAUGCCUUUGCGUGAAGCCUUUUGUUGGCUAAAGUGAUUUGCUGCUGCCGAGCUGUUGAUGCGCUCUAGAAACGCCCAGCAUAAAGGUGUUUGAGGAUUAAAGGUCUUUCGCGCAAGGAUACACGCAACUGCAGCAUGCACGAAGUGCGCGGAAAACACAGGUGUGCAACAAUACAACAAAGAAGGCCCACCAGGUAGUAUUCACCUAUCCACACACAAACGCGUUUACCGCCGACUAGCGACCUGCGGCCAAGGUGUGAGUAUAAAAGCGCACAGCAUGCCAGCAAGGACUCAUCAUUCGUGCAUUAGCCUCUAACGUGUGUGUUUACGGUCAACAACUGUCUCUCCCAGUAUAUACUAAAAUUUUUGCAGUUAAAAAUCUUAAGUGUUUAUCUCAUAAAUAAUAUUUGUUAAUAACGGCAGUGAGCAGCUACUUGAAUUUAAAACUUAACUGAAGAAUCAAGCAACUUAAAACUUAACUCAAGCAAAUAGUGCCUUCAUUAAAACUUAACUUCAACAAAUAUCAUAAAAUGGGUUCCUUGAUUCGCAACAACACCAACAGUGCCAGCAGCAACAACGUCAACAACAGCAAAAGCAAAUCAUCCGUCCACUAUCAACUGUUCAUGUAUCAGGAGGAGCUGCGCCGUCGCAAUACACGUGGCCUGAGCGUCGCCAAAUCGAAGAUCUCGCUCACCGAAUCCCUAAUCCAUGAGAACAUGCAGAAUUUGCAUAAUCGCAGCGACGAUGACCUGCGCAUCAUAUGCCGAGAAAUGUCAUUCAAGAAACAUCUGCAGAAGCAGGUGUCACGCUGUUCAAAACUGAUUAAAUUAGCCAUGAGCGCCGAGAAAGAUUCCAUGACCAUUAGUACACAGCUUUCACGAUGAAGUCAGAUACUACUUGUAGUAAUUGAUAUAAGUAUUUAAUAUUUAGUUAUCUUCUGGUAUUUAAGACAAUCUAUUUUUAAGUUAGCUAAGUAUCGCUGUGAUUAAUUUUAGAGUUAUUUAUUCUUAGUCUUAUUUAUUAUGCGUAGCUUAAGAUAUGGUAUGAGUAUGAGUUUGUAGCCUAAUAAUAUUAUAAGCAUAUAAAUAUAGCUUGCAUCAAGUGGAAAUACAAAAGCGUAUCUUUAAUAAU